AUGGACCUCAACGACGCGCCGGAUGAGCCAUUUGAGACAAUGGAGAUGGAGUUCUUCCACGACCUUGCAGAUUACGUCGACGCACAUAAGAAACGCAAACGAACGGCAGGCGACAAUCCCCUUCGAGAAUGGACACCUCACACCGACGACUGGCUCGCAGAACUGCUGCGGCUGGAAGGUCGAUGCGGAUACUCGGAGACCGACUGCGCAGGCUGUGGCUCCGAGCAAUCGCCAUUCCGCUGCCGGGAUUGCUUUGACGUCCGCAUGUGGUGCGAAACAUGUGUGCUCGAACGACAUCAAGACCUUCCCUUCCAUCGACUAGAGACAUGGCAAGACAGCCUGUACUUCGUGAAGGUCGACCUAAAGAGUCUUGGCCUGCGGAUCCAGCUCGGACAUCCGUCAGGCGAGAGAUGCACCAACCCCGAAAGGGCAUUUGGGGACGACUUCGUAGUCCUCGAUCUCUCGGGUAUCCACCAAGUCGCACUCGACUUCUGCGGAUGCACACAAGCCCUAUCGCGCCCGACGCAGCUUCUGCGCGCAAGGCUCUUUCCGGCGACCCCGACAAAUCCCAAAACCGCAGCCACGUUUACGCUCCUCCGGCACUUCCACCUUCUCUCCAAUCAAGCAAACGUGUCCGGCUUCGAGUUCCACACCACGCUCGCGCGCCUGACCGACAAUACAGGCCUAGAUCCUCCACCAGAUCGCUACCCGUCCUUGAUGCGAAUGAUGCGCAUGUGGAGGAACCUACGGAUGUUCAAGCGCGCCGGUCGUGGACACGAUGCCGCCGGAGUCAAAGCCACAGCGCCUGGGGAGUGUGCCGUCAUCUGUCCGGUAUGUCCACAUCCCGGCAAGAACCUUCCUGAGGACUGGAAGAGUGCGCCUCCAGAGCGGCAGUGGCUCUACAGGCUCUUCAUAGGAAUUGAUGCGAACUUCCGUCUCAAACGUCGUGCGGUCUCGUCUAAUGAUCGCGACCCGGGACUUAACCACGGCUACGCUUACUUCGUGGAGGAGACAGGCUACAAGGACCAUCUCCGGAAAUACAGUGACCUCGUACAGGAGACAACCAGCACCUGCAGCAACCACGACGCCGUGAGACUCGUGAACUCAAAGGGCCGUGAGACGACAGACGCCACCGGUAUUGUCACCAUUGAAUGUACGCGCCACGAUAUGAAGAGACCCUGUGCUGUCGGCGACCUCCAGAAGGGGGAAAGAUAUGUCAACACUGAUUACAUCUUUCAGUCAAGCCUUAAAGGGAGCGAUCAUGUCGUUCUUGUCGUCUCGUAUGAUAUCGCUUGCCAAUGGUCCGUGCACUUCUGGGAGCGCAUGAAUAAGUAUGACCCGCAGUGGGAUGCGGCUGGUCGCCGAUUCAUUUUUCUCAUACCUAAAUUCCAUCUCCCUGCUCAUCAAGCCAGCUGUCGUGAGGACUACUCGUUCAAUUACACUAAGUAUGUAGGUCGCACCGAUGGUGAAGCCGUGGAACGCGGAUGGUCCGCCGUGAACGGCUUCUCGGGAAGCACCAGGGAUAUGGGUCCAGGGGCUCGCCGAGACAUGUUGGAUGACGUAUUCGCCGAUUACAACUGGCGGAAGAUCACUCGGCUACCCAAUUCCAUUCUCACAAAGGUGAAGAACAUCGUCGAACUUCGCAGUAAUCAAGUGCUUGCGUUUCAGGCGUACGACGAGAAGGUCGACCCCGCACUGAAGGCGGCGUGGACCACGCAAGUGGAGGCCUGGGAGGCGUCUGAUGGCGCGAGCCCGAAUCCAUUUGCCGUAACGCGUCGGCCCAUAACCAUGGCGGCUGUUCGCUUGAAGCUGGCAGAGCUAGAAGCUGAUGAGCUCAAGGCACGAACACAACGUAGAGACCAGAAUGCGGCACCACACGCGACGCUCGACGACCUCAUCUCUCCGUAUGCGUUGAUAUCGCAAGGCCUGGAACACGAGGAGGAGCAGCGCAGGCUCAAGGAAAAGAAGGCCGACCUCGGCUCGCGCGCCACAGACUUGCAGAAGGGCAAUGUAGUUGUUGCCCGGAACGCUUUGCAUCGCACGAUUGAGGCUUGGCAGGCCGUCCAGCAUCUGUACAUGCCAACUGUGGCUGCACAUCGCUCUCGGGACGCCAGCAGGUCCACUGCCUCCUCGCUGGCAGAGGACCUGCCCCUUUAUCUUCCCUCGAAUGUCAUCGAACUACUGAUGCCUGUCGAUCGGAAGCUGCAGGACAUCGAGUGGGAGCUUCGAGUGGGGCUCGCACACGACGCUCUUGAAGACAUCCGUCGUCUCAUCUGCGUUAAACGGAAACUACUCGAAGUCAAGGGUCGCUUCAUCAGCGGCCAGCAUCACAACACACGUGCGCGCGGUGUGAUUACCCGGUGCGACAAGAAGAUUACCCAGGCGCGAGCGAAGUACCAUGCUUGCUACGAAGCCCUCGUGAGGCUUGCACCUGCACUGGACAAAACGCACUGGAGGAGAGACACCGGCUUACAGAAGUUGGACGACAACGACGUGCGGCAUAUGUCCGAGCCGGACCCGACAAAGGAAGAUGAACAGACCGAGGGUACGCGGACGAUCUCGUGGAUAUGGACAACGAAGGGUGCGCGGAGUGGCGAUGACGACGAAGAUGAACAGGAGAUGCUACGAAUCGAAUGGUGCCAGGCCCGUGCACGCGCGCAUAGGUUUACAGAAGAAGGCCAGCUCCUCGAGGAGGAGAUGCGACGUGUAGUACAGUUUUACGAGUGGCAAGCGAGCUGGUGGAGGGCGCGGAUGGAUUCUUGGGAAGGCCGGUCAGCAGAACACCGAGAAGGGCUGGUUGCAUACGCUCGCCGACAGGCUGACUUACGAGUGUCGAUGAAAGCGUUAUGUCAAAAGGCGUGGGCCAGUGGGCCUUUUUGGCUAAGUCAAGGCGCGAGAUUAUGA